AUGGACGGCCUCAACGAGUACCGCCGCGCCCGCGUCGCCGAGCUCCUGGCCGACUUCACCAACCUCCAGUUUUUUAUUGCUGCUGCGCCCGUCGACCCGCCCAGCCAGGAAGACUACUACACCGAGGGCUGGCGCGCCCUCCGCCAGUGCGCCGUCGACGGCCAGCACAUUCUGAACACGGGCGCCGACACCCACGUCCCGACCACCAAGGGCGGCCACGAAGAGCAGUCGAAAGCCGAGCUCCAGCAAGUCCACCUCGACGCCCUCGCCCGCCGCCACCAGGGCCAAAAGAUCUAUCUGCGCCAAGCCGCUGCCCAGCGCUGGGUUGAGUGGCGCAACACCAUCCUGCAGGGCCAAAAGCCGUCCGCCGAGCACCAGGACCAGCUGCGGGCCUGUGACGAGCAACUCUGGCUUGAACUGGCUCAAAUCACCGACGAGGUGGUCUACGCCGAGCUUCAAAACUCCGACAUCCAGAUGGGCCGAUGGGUCAGCGAGGACCCGAGCCUGCGAGCCGUCCAGCGCUGGGUCCGCUCUCGGCGGUGA